AUGGUAGUGGUGCUGGUGAGAGUAGUCGUCGUGGACGAGGAUGUCGAGCUUGUAGAGCUGCUGGACGACGUCGUAGAGCUUGUGCUGGUUGAGCUAGUUGUGCUGGUGGUGGUGCUCGAUGACGACGUGGAACUUGAGCUUGUCGUCGUGCUACUGGUGCUACUGGUCGUGCUGCUUGAGGAUGUCGUGGAAGAGCUGGUCCAUGUAGUGCUGGAUGAUGAUGUGCUGCUGCUACUUGUCGAUGUAGAAGUCGUGGACGUUGAUGUAGUGGUUGAACUUGAUGAGGAGGUUGUGGUGGUGCUGGUGGAGGUCGUGCUGGAGGUGGUGCGAGUGGUGCUCGUACUAGUUGAACUGCUGCUGCUCGUACUCGUUGAGGUGCUACUGGUGCUCGUCGACGUCGUGCUGGAGCUACUGCUAGAGGUACUGGUGCUGCUCGUCGAGGUUGAAGUCGUGGACGUCGUUGUGCUGGAAGAAGAUGAGGAGGAUGUGCUAGUACUGCUCGUGGUUGUUGUGCUACUUGUAGUGCUGCUCGAGCUGCUACUGCUGGUGCUGGUUGAUGUGGUGGAUGUCGAUGUGGUGGAUGAGGAAGUGCUUGUGGUGCUUGUGGAUGUGGUGCUGGAGGUAGUUCGAGUAGUGCUUGUACUGGUCGAACUGCUGCUGCUCGUACUUGUUGAGGUGGAUGACGAUGAUGUGGUUGUGGUGGUGCUCGUCGAAGUUGUGCUUGAGGUUGUGCGCGUGGUGCUCGUGCUGGUGGAGCUGCUGCUGCUCGUGCUUGUCGAGGUGGAUGACGUGGAAGUCGUGCUCGAGCUGGAAGUAGAGGAGCUACUUGUGCUGGAGGAUGUGGUGCUCGAACUGCUGCUAGAGGUACUUGUGCUAGACGAAGUACUACUGCUUGUUGAUGUUGAGGUCGUGGAAGUAGACGUAGUGGAAGAGGAAGAUGUAGAUGUGCUUGUACUACUUGUGGAUGUGGUGCUCGAGCUGCUGCUGGUUGUGCUGGUCGAUGUUGUUGACGUUGAUGUAGUGCUGGAGGUGGACGAUGAACUUGACGUGGUGCUUGUAGAUGUUGUGGUGGACGUGGUGAGAGUUGUGCUCGAACUGGUCGAGCUGCUGCUGCUUGUACUCGACGAUGUAGUUGAGCUUGAGGUGGUGCUGGAGGUGCUAGAGGAACUGGUACUGGUGCUCGAGGAGGAUGUGCUGGAACUGCUGCUGGAGCUACUGGUGCUUGUCGAGCUGCUGCUGCUCGUGGAUGUUGAAGUGGUCGACGACGAUGUAGAGGAUGUAGUUGACGACGACGUGCUCGUGCUGCUCGUGGAUGUGGUGCUACUGGUGGAGCUGGUGGAACUGCUGCUGGUUGAGCUCGAUGAAGAACUCGAAGUCGAUGUUGUCGUGGAAGUCGAUGACGACGUGCUUGUAGUGCUCGUCGAAGAUGUUGUGGAGGUAGUGUGGGUCGUGCUUGUACUUGUCGAGCUGCUGCUGCUGGUGCUCGUUGAGGUCGUACUGGACGACGAUGAAGAAGUGCUUGUCGAGCUCGUUGAUGUGGUACUGGACGUCGUGCUAGUCGAGCUACUGCUGCUCGUGCUACUCGUUGUUGUUGAAGUUGAUGUGCUGCUCGAUGUGCUUGUUGAGCUGGAUGUACUGCUAGUUGAGGUUGUGCUGGUGGAAGUGCUGGUCGAGCUGGUGCUGCUUGUGCUGGUUGACGUUGUUGAAGUUGAUGAAGUGCUAGACGUAGAUGAAGAACUUGAGGACGUGCUUGUGGAUGUGGUGGUGGACGUGGUGAGAGUUGUGCUCGAACUGGUCGAGCUGCUGCUGCUUGUACUCGACGAUGUAGUUGAGCUCGAGGUGGUGCUGGAGGUGCUAGAGGAACUGGUACUGGUGCUCGAGGAGGAUGUGCUGGAACUGCUGCUGGAGCUACUGGUGCUUGUCGAGCUGCUGCUGCUCGUGGAUGUUGAAGUGGUCGACGACGAUGUAGUGGAUGUAGUUGACGACGACGUGCUCGUGCUGCUCGUGGAUGUGGUGCUACUGGUGGAGCUGGUGGAGCUGCUGCUGGUUGAGCUCGAUGAAGAACUCGACGUCGAUGUUGUCGUGGAAGUCGAUGACGACGUGCUUGUAGUGCUCGUCGAAGAUGUUGUGGAGGUAGUGUGGGUCGUGCUUGUACUCGUCGAGCUGCUGCUGCUGGUGCUCGUUGAUGUGGUUGACGUUGAGGUCGUACUCGAAGACGACGAAGAAGUACUUGUGGUGCUGCUGCUUGUGCUAGUUGAUGUUGUCGACGUCGAUGUGGUCGAUGUCGAUGUGGUGCUCGAGGUGGAUGAGGAAGUGCUUGUGGUGCUUGUGGAAGUGGUAGUCACGGUGGUGCUUGUACUGGUCGAGCUGCUGCUGCUGGUGCUUGUUGAUGUAGUCGAGGUUGAGGUAGUGCUAGAAGACGAUGAGGAAGUGCUUGUCGAGCUCGUUGAUGUGCUGCUCGAUGUGCUCGUCGAGCUGGAUGUACUGCUAGUCGAGGUCGUGCUGGUGGAAGUGCUGGUCGAGCUGCUGGUGCUCGUGCUGGUUGACGUUGUUGAAGUCGAUGAGGUGCUGGAGGUAGAUGAAGAACUUGACGUUGUACUGGUUGAUGUAGUUGAUGUAGAUGAGGAUGAUGAAGUCGUGCUCGAAAUAGUCGUGGAUGUUGUGCUAGUCGUGGUGCUGGUCGAGACAGUACUGCUUGUGCUGGUUGAUGUGGCUGAUGUGGUUGAUGACAACGAGGUCGUGCUCGUAACGCUCGUCGCUGUUGUGCUGACUGUCGUGCUGGUCGAGACGGUGCUAGUCGUGCUUGUUGUUGUGGCUGAUGUGCUUGAGGAUAACGAGGUCGUGCUCGUAGCACUCAUGGUGGUGCUGGUCGAGCCGGUGCUACUUGUGCUUGUUGUCGUGCCUGAUGUGGUUGAUGACAACGAGGUCGUGCUGGUGACGCUACUGGUGGUGCUAGUCGAGAUGCUACUACUUGUGCUGGUUGUGGUGGCCGACGUGGUUGAGGAUAACGAGGUCGUGCUCGUCACGCUCGUUGGUGUGGUGCUGAUUGUGGUGCUGGUGGAGCCGGUGCUAGUCGUGCUUGUUGUCGUGGCUGAUGUGGUUGAGGAUAACGAGGUCGUGCUCGUAACGCUCGUUUGUGUUGUGCUAAUGGUGGUGCUGGUCGAGCCAGUGCUGCUUGUGGAUGUCGUUGUUACAGUUGUGGUUGUCGCUGCUUGA